AUGGACUUGCGGCAGCCUCAACAAUGCAGGAUGGACUUGGAUGUGGAGGUCGAAUCGUUCGGAAUGGAUGGUGAUAAUGGCCUGAUGGAUCUUGACUCGUACAGCAUGCCCGAGGCUGACUUGGAGGUCCCACUCUCUGAGCACUUAUCCAAUAUCAUUGGAAGUCGGACGUAUGAGUUCAACGAACACUUCACCGAUCUAUUUGCCGAACUGCAAGAAAAUCUUGCCUCUGGUGAAAUCCCCUUCUCGACACCACUUGCGCCUAUCAACAAGGAGGAUGAGUUAUGUGACUAUAACGCACCUGACUUUGGGAUCAAUAUUUUCGACUAUGAACCUCCAGCAAAAAAGUACGCUCUUAAAGAUAUCAUUCCUGAUAAUCCCACUUACCCCUGGCCAUCACAAGCGGAUUUUGUGACAUCGCUUCUGUUCAGCUCUCCGCGCCUGCCGUUUUCUGAUGCCCAGAAGAAAGCGGUACUCAAUUGGGCAAGAGAGCUCGGCGCUCAAAAUGUACCCUCACUUGAUGCGACCAAGAAGUGUCAACUGUUCAUUGAAGAUCUUGUUGGUCAGCCAACCGAGAAAGUCACUGCCCGGUCAGGGAAUAUAUUCUACCUGAAUGAUAUUGCGAAUGCAAUUGCAAAGGACUAUGCAAAUCCGCUUACGCAUUUCGCAAUGCAAGAUUAUCCAGAAGAUGGUGGAAAGGGGAUGACGCAGGUCUUCAACGGCACAAAAAUGUUACUCGACCUUCCAUCACCUCCCGCAGUUCGAGUGGACGGGACGAUAUAUUUUGUCAAUGAGCUGUUGAAGGACUCUUCGGGAGCUUACUUUAUCCCAGAACGGUUUUUCCUUGGCUCUCCGUCUGUUGAGGGUGGUGUUGAAGGUUCUGAACAAUCCGACGGCAAAAUCCUCUAUGCGCUCGGUCGCGCUGCUGAACCAACUGAUGCAGGAUUCAUUAUUAACGACGAACAGGAAAUCAUCCCAACUCCGAUAUUUGCACAGUCAUAUGAAGAUCUUUCAUUAACGAAUGAGCUUGACUGUGGACUCACUGCGUCAUCUGCUAAAUACGGGUCACUCGGUCCCAAUCCAUUGCGCGAAAAGGCGAAGGGCCGAAUGGUAUAUGCAGUUCCUUUGAUAAUCUUUAUGGACGAUGUUUCGGGAAACAUUUCGAAGCAAUGGAACAAACAUCACGCCAUUUACAUGUCGAACGCAAAUCUACCCCGCGAAAUGCUCGAGAAGGAGUUCUUUGUGCGAUUCGUCUCGUCGUCACCGCAUGCCGCUCCAAUGGAACUAAUGCGCGGGAUGAAAGAUUCUCUUCGUAAGGCAGCAGAGUCUGGCAUUGUUACGUGGGACUGUAGAGAUGAGGAGGAGGUCAUGCUUAUUCCGUCUGGACUGUUUCUUGCUGGCGACAAUCCUAUGCAAGCUGAGGAAUACAGUCAUGCAGGUCUCAAUUGCAACUAUUUCUGCAGGACGUGUGAUGUUGGGGGCACGAAAGAAUAUAAGGCAUCUGAAGAAGGUUAUAACAGUAUAUUCAAGUCAGGUAAUUUACGAACACCCGAAAAGACCACUGAAGACAUUCAACAUCAAUUUGAAGCUGCAAUGAAAUCGGGUGCCACGACAAAAGUGCAGAGUGCUGUUUCCUCCACAGGCGUUCGUGACAGCGCCUCGGCGUCCAUCCUCGAGUCUCUUGUAGAACUCGGAAAGAAACUUCGUAAACGAGGGGCGGGCUUACCAGCAACAGCCGAAAGCGAAGUCACCGCAAUGCUCGAAAAGGAGUUUGAGGAAUUGCUACAAGGUGCCACACUCAAUGACACAAUGAAUCCGCUGCUUGGGAUGAAUGGGAUCAACAUGCACUUGGAUACACCGACUGAAAUCCUGCAUACAAUAUUGUUGGGUGUGGUGAAGUACUUUUGGGGUCAGAGCAUUUUUCUCCUCGAGAAAGUGAAGUUUCUGCACAUCUUUCAGAGCCGCCUCGAGUCUGUUGACAAAGACGGACUGAACGCACCCUCUCUCAAUGCGGACUACAUAUGUCACUAUAAAGGCAGUUUGAUAGGCAAACAUUUUAAGAGCCUGGCCCAAGUUAUGCCCUUCCUGGUGUACGACCUCGUCCCUCAGACAGUUGUCAAUGGUUGGUCCGUCAUCGGAGAACUUGUCGCGCUUGUUUGGCACACGACGAUACCGGAUACCGAAGAAUAUCUUGCAAGGUUAUCCCGAACGAUCGAGGACUUUCUUAACAUCACAGCGCAAUGUGCUCCGAGCAUUCUUAUCAGCAAGCCCAAGUUUCACUUCUUAAUUCAUCUUCCAGCUUUCAUCCGUCAUUUCGGACCCGCAAUCAUAUUCUCCACCGAGAGAUAUGAAUCGUUUAAUCACGUUUUCCGACUGUCAUGCAUUCACAGUAAUCGCCGUGCGCCCAGCAGGGAUACUUGUCGACUCUUCGCAUACCAAGACAUCGUGAAACACGUGGCCACUGGUGGAUAUUGGUUUGACUGCAAUGUCAAGAAAUGGGUUCGCGGAGGAGCGCAGGUGCUAUGUUAUAUCAACGAACGCCCAGAACAGGCCCACCUGCUUGGUAUAUCAAGUAUCUUGUGCGAGCCUCCACUACCAGGCACCGGAAGUCCUGAUACUGUCAUUGGCGCAAGUGGAAAAGCGCAACGAAUGGACGAAGUACAAUGGAAGCAUACUCGUUGUGCGAAAAUCCUCAAGACUUCUCGAUCCGGCGUUUCCUACUACCACGGCAAAUCACUAGUGACGAGUAAGGGAGAUCAAGUCGACUUGAAUGGCCACAUGCUUAUUGGACGCAUCCGCGAGAUCCUUAUAUCACACGACAUCGAUAAAACCGUGGACCAUGUCGCACUGCAAGUAUUUUCAUUCGGUCCUACAUUACAUCCUUCAGUCUUUCUACCAUGUCUCGGCCUUACGAAUGACGAAAUAGUUUCAAUGGCGUCAGAUAUCAUUUGCUCCGUCAAUCUUCAACACAACUGCAUCGAUUCCAAAUGCGUAGACAUGCGCCAGCAACAUGUACUUCAAGAACGGAUUCAAACCACACGAACGAAGCCUGUUGUUGACCAUCAGCCUACUCCGCACUUCUUCCUCAAUACCUACUCAAUUCACAACUGUGAUCAUAUCCGACUGGUCAUACCUGAGGCGCUUCGCGAGUCGCCAUUGAGGGUCACCAAUCCGGCUGAGGUUCGGAAUUUAGCUGUUCAGCAGAUGAAAGAUAAAAAGGCAGCAAAGAAAUUAGGUGACAACGCUGGGCCUCAAGAAGGUGCGACCGCCGUGGAGGAAGGUGUCCGCAAUGCAACUGCACCACUUCCCGCAUUUGAUCGCGCUCCCACCAAAAAGGCAGCCACCAAGCCAAGAAAGAAUGCAAGCAGCGCCAGCACACGAGGCAGGAAGAAGACGACGCCAUCAGAUGUUGAGCAGCCCAUUGCUGGGACCUCGAGACGCAUGUCUCCACCCACUCAGCAGGGUCCAAUGGUCCCAUCCCACCAAUCACUCAUGCCGUCCCCACUGCAAGCCUCAUAUUACCCUCCGCCGCUGCCAAUGGGACCUCCACUGCAAGCCCCACAUCAUCAUCAGGCUCCUUUUCUGCCGUCAUAUCCCAAUACAGGUCCUCGAGGAGUGCAUGUGGCACCCCCACCCCUUAUGCACCCUACUUACACAGUCGCAUUCCCCCGCUCACAACCUCCUCUGGCAACACACCAACUCCCCACCUCUGCCGUUAACCCCACGCAAGCCGAGCUACCAGGUUUGCAGCCUCGCACUGCACACGCACAUGCACAGAUGUACCCGAACCACCAACAACAAGCCUGGAUGGCUCAGGCUCGUGUACAGAUGCACCCGGAUCACCAACAGCAAGCCUGGACGGCUCAGGCUCAUGUGCAAGCCAUUCACACUCGCACACAGUCACAGACACAGCACCCACCCCAUUUCUCAGACUAUCUUAUGCAUCCCCGGGAUGGGCACUAA